UAGGACCUCUCCUACCACUUCACCAGAGUUGAAAUCUGGGCAGAUCUUGCCUUAUCGUUCUCUACAGUAAGGCACACGGAGAGAGUAGAUCUACUGGAGCUGCUGCUUCUGCUUUUAGGCUCUCUCCUGCCUGUGAGCAGUGGUGACACGAUAUAGAACUCUCUCAAGGGAGGCAGGGCCUAAGCCAGGGGCAAAUCUAGUGUGAGUCUUUCUAUUCACAGUAUUCUUACCAGGUGAAUCUGGCUUAAUAGCAGCUUUAAGGUCACCCUUGAAGGGAAAAGAUUUUAUCAGCAGCAUACAGGCUUGGAGGGAAUCUCCCUCACUGUGCUGAGUGAUGGUGUGUGGCCCAGCAGAAGCAACUUGGAGGUCCCAUGAGUCCUUGCUUAGCAUCACAGUCCCCCAAAAAUGUUUAUGAAAACUGGGACAAACAUCCCAUCUUUCUGCACAUUCCAAGCCACACAGCCUCAGCUGCUCAGGGGAAGCAUGAGAAAGGGGGCAGGGUGUGGCCCAGGUGCAGGUUACUCUCUGCUUUGGGAACUUACACGCUGAAUCCCCCACUCAGCCCAAGGUGUCAUUCUUGCUCUAGCAUAACUCAGAAUAGGGAUGGCAGAGGUGGGAACUAUCAAUGGAUAAACAAAAAAAUGAACAGCUGAAUGCAGGAGGGGGCCACAGGAGGAAGCAUGUACAGAUGUUCAAAGGCUGGAGGACUUGGGUUAUGCUCCCAGUCCUGCUGCUGGCCAGCUGUUUGACCUUGCACAAGUCAUUUCCGCCCUCUGGACUCAAACUUCUCAUCUGUAAGAACAGGAGUCUAGUCUCCAGCAGCUUUGACUUGUGCUGUUCUCUUCGAAGAUUCCCGGGUCCACUCUCUCAGUGUUUCUCAAAGUGCAGUGGGCAGUCCACCAAAUACCUGUACUACAAUCGCCAGGGCACAUUUUUUUUUGCCUCAAUUCCAGACCUAUUGAAUUGCGAGUCAGAGGGGCUUCACAGAACUUUUAAAAACUUUUGAGCACUGUGUGUCCUAUUGUAAGUUGCCCCAUCUCAACCACCUGUUUUCCCUUCCAUCCACUGAAUCUGGCACCAAUCUCUCCACUCCCUUUUGCGUACUCUACUCCCCCCCAACGCUCCCCAGCAAUGACCAGAGCAGCAGCAUGAGGCAAUCGCUGUAUCCUUGACCCUGUCCUCUGCACAGUGAGUGAUGGCUUUUUCUUAUCUCCUGAUGAUGAAGCACAACCUUCAGCUGGAGGCAUUUAAGGCGCAGAACAAAUGGUCCAGGCUGCAGCUGCCGAACGGACCCAGAGGUGGAGGAACAAAAAGCCACUUUUGAGAGCAGAAGUGGCAGCAGCAUCAGCACUGCUACAUCUGCCAGAAAACAAUGCUACUAGCAACUUUCAAACUGUGUGCUGGAAGCUCCUACAGAUACAUGCGCAACAUGAAGGGGCUGAGACACCAAGCUGCUCUGGCCAUUGGCCAAGAACUGAGGAGAACACUGGGGAACCCUACCCCCAAUGUGUGGAUUAACCAAGUUCGGCGUCGGAGUUCUCUGCUUGGUUCUUGUUUGGAAGAGAUAAGUGACCAAGAGCUGGCCUAUAUCCAGCAGGGAGAGGAAGCCAUGCAGAAGGCCCUGGGCAUUCUCAGCAACCAGGAGGGUUGGAAGAAGGAAACCCAGCAGGCAAAUGGAGACAAAGUGUUGAGUAAGGUGGUUCCAGAUGUAGGUAAGGUGUUCCGGCUGGAGGUGAUAGUGGACCAACCCAUGGAGAGGCUCUAUGAAGAACUUGUGGAACGCAUGGAAGCAACGGGAGAAUGGAAUCCAAAUGUCAAGGAGAUCAAGGUCUUGCAGAAGAUUGGAAAAGAUACAGUUAUUACCCAUGAGUUGGCAGCAGAAGCAGCAGGAAACCUCGUGGGGCCCCGUGACUUUGUGAAUGUGCGUUGUGCCAAACGCAGAGGCUCUACCUGUGUUCUAGCUGGCAUAGCCACACACUUUGGGGAGAUGCCUGAGCAGAAAGGUAUUAUCAGAGCUGAACAAGGUCCCACUUGCAUGGUGCUUCAUCCGCUGGCUGGAAGUCCCUCCAAGACCAAACUCACCUGGCUGCUCAGUAUUGACCUCAAGGGAUGGCUGCCAAAGAGUAUCAUCAACCAAGUCUUAUCACAGACCCAGAUGGAUUUUGCCUAUCACCUGCGCAAACGACUGGAGUCCACCUCUGCCUCUGAAGCCCGGUGUUAAAUACCAGCAUGCUGUUCCAGUAUGUGUUUCUGCCUUGGCUUGCACACGGAUCAGGAAAAUUUCUGCUGAAAGUCUGCAAGUCUGUUUAAGAUCUUCAUCUGGCAAUAACAGAGGGGGUGGAAGAGUAUAACACUACGACUCAAACUGGUAAAAGUUUUACAAAGCAGCCAGGCGCAGUGACACUUGUCUGUAAUCCCAGGGACUCGAAAGGCUGAGGCAGGAGGAUCUGAGUUUGAGCAAGCCUCUGCAAUUUAGUGAGAUCUUAUCUCAAAAUAAAAAAUAAAAGGGUUGGGGAAUGUAGCUCAGUGGUUGAGAGCCCAUGGGUUUAAUGCCCAGGACCACCACCACCAAAAAAAAAAAAAAAAAAAAAAUUAGAAAUCAGAUGAGUCUCUAUGAUAAAGAAGAAACUUCUAACUCUAUUUACUGAUUAGCUGUGAAAAAAGAAGGUUCCCAAGAAAGAUACUUGAGCCCUUAUACACACACCUAAAAAUAUCUGUGAAUCCUACUGGCUGGUAUGGAUGUGGGAGCUGCUAAAUUAGGGACUGGUUUUAUGGGCUCAAGAACUCCAUUCCCUGCAGGAGUGUGUGAACAAUGCAGAGCCCUACACAUGGGCUCUUUGCUCUUCCACCAACAAGGCACAGGGAUACACCAAAGAAUAAGCAAUUCACCACAGAAGGUAUCUUCCAGAAGUAUAUUCCCAGUUUCCUCAAUGGAAAAAUAUAAAACUAAUAAUGAGACUGGUUUCCCUACUUAUUUCAUAUGUACCAGUCAGAAUAAAGAAUCACAACAUGAAAACUUCAGUCUGUACUCGUUUUAAAGUUCUAUUCUAUAAAAAGUAGAUUACAACUUGAUAUUAUAAGAGUCCAGGACAAAGACUUUAAAUUAAACUAAAUCUCAUUAAAAGGAAAGAAACUACAGGAGAUUUAGAUAAUUUGAUAAUUUUGUUACCAGAAUUUUUCAUUAAAAUUUAAUUUUCAUGGAAGAAGGGGUAACAUGGUGAUAGAAAAUUCCCUUUUCCAGGAUUUAGAGAAAUUACUUUUUUUAAUAAAUAUUUUAUUAGUUGUUGUUGGACCUUUAUUUGUUUAUUUUUAUGUGGUGCUGAGAAUUGAGCCCAGUGCCUCAUAUAUGCCAGGCAAGCACUCUACCAAUGAGCCACAACCCAGCCCCAAAGAGAGAAAUUAUAAACUGAGGGGUUGGGGGUGUAGCUCAGUGGUAGUGUGUUCGUCUAGCAUGUGUGAGGCACUGGGUUUGAGGGUUUGAUACUCAGCACCACAUAAAAAUAAAUUAAAUAAAGGCAUUGUGUCCAUCUACAAAAAACAAAACAAAAAACUGAAAUAGGACUAUCUUAUUACAUAUAAAUAGAGUGAAAAACCAACCAUUACCACCUGAAGCAUUUCCAUCUAGGUUUAAUAGCAUGGAUGACUUGCACCAUCUGGAAAUAGAGAUUUAGUUUAUUUAUUAAACAAAAUAGCAGCAGUGGGAACACUAGUAUUUAUUGAGGUAUUAAAAUUUAACAACUGAUAUUUAUUAUAAUUUAUUCUGAUUGUUUCUUAGUCCAUUUUUGGCAUAGAUGAAAUUGCUGUUUAUCCAGGAGCUUUAAAGAGGGAGGACAAUUGUAGAGGAGUAUUUCUACAAUACAGUCUCUCACCACCAACCAAGAGAAAACAGUUACUUGCUUAAAGAUAUGCUGAAACAAUACGGGCACUGGUUUCAAGAGAAUAGAUGGACAGUAAAGAAAUGAGCUUUCAACAAACACCAUGGUUUUAAAAUGGAUUACAGUUUGUUCUUUCAAACAAUGUAACUAUGUCUUUGUGAUGUCUAGGGAAAGAUUUUCCCACUUAAAUUUACAUUGAAAUAAAAUAAGUUGUCACUGA